AUGAACGAGGAGCAACAGCUCUCUCAAGCCGACUUCAACGAACUAUUCGGAUCAGAUGGCUCAGGGCAGCCUAUCUUCUCGACGAACAACAGCGAUAUACUCGAUGACUUCGGUCUUACAUAUGGAGACGGCGCUUUUUCAGCUGUUGACUCACCAAACACCUCUACAACUUCGACUCCCGACUUCUCAAAUUACGACUUCGGCCAAACCGCCGCGGCAUACCCGACUCCCGGACCAAGUACACCCCAUCCCUACCCGCUAGAUCUGCAACGAACCUUCCCAACAACAACUGAUGAUCCAGACCUCAACGAUCACCCUCGGCCUAUGCGAUCUCACACAAACCAUGCCUACCUCCAUUCAGCACACCCAUCGCAAGGCUACGGUCGUCGUCGAUCUUUGAGCACCGGCGAUACAGAUCGCAUUGCCGCAGCCAACAGCAUCACCAAUCCCACUUUCGUUCGGCUCCAAGCGCCGCGUGCGAGAUCAGCCACACCAGAACACAAGAGAAGGCAUGCCGCGCUCUUCCAACAUGGAAGGAGUGUGAGUCAAGGUCCGGCGCCGAGAGGAAGACCACUCAAUCCAACGAGCAUACCGUACUAUACAUACAACGAUACAUUUGUCGCCGACAUGUUCUCUACUCCUAUCGGUACGCCGCUGAACGAGAUGAGAGAUCGCCGGGAUCUGAAACAUGGCGCUGGUCACAACAGUGCCGGCAUGACAGAUGUUGCAGUUCGCUCGGAUAACCCAGUCAUUCGGCAUAUGACACGACCUGAUGAACUUGCACGAAGCAGACGGAUCAUCGAGAUUGGCGCUCUAGCGGUUGCCAGUCACUUGACGCUGGAUCCUAGACUUGGGCUACAAAGUCCGACCACAAACCGCGCCCAAAUUCUCAAGAAGCUCGCCGAUAUCGAAGAACAUUUGGAAGACAAAGAAGCAAAGGAGGCUCUUUCCGCGUGUAAGACGAUCCGAGACGCUUUGUCGAAGAGGAUUGAAGCUGAGUUCGUCGAUACAGUAGACGAGGUGGCAGAAGAAUAUUUGGAGGCUCCCAGUAAAGUACUUGAAGGAGCGCAGUAUGCGCCUCUCGCUGCGAUUCUCGCGUUUGCGCGAUGCGGAGCUGCUGAAGCCGCACCGGAAAUUACGACAGUUGCGGAGGGCUACAACGUGAUUGCCAAGAUCCCAUGUGUUGGGUGCCCUUUCCUAUACCAAGACACAUCAAAAGGCAACGAUGCGCCGUGGGCUCAGAGAAAAGACGACAACGCUCUGCUUCUGAACAUCUCCCUUCCCUACGACUCAGCGCAUCUAAGCAUCAACAAUGCCCCACUUUUAGGAGACUCCAAGAUUCUACCAAAGGUAUACGUUAACCAAGUCUUGUUGGACACAUCGAAAGAUGAUCUCGACAAGCUCGUCGCAUCUGAUCAACUCGACAACGUUGGGGGCGCUUACUUUGGCGCUUCAUAUGCUUACUCCCUGCGCCACGUCAAAGACUCCAAUGCAUUAGUGUUGCACUUCGAUAUCAUGCAAUUGUGGACUGAUCUGACUUCUCCGGAUCUCACAAUCGUCAUGGAUAGGAAAGAGCAGAAGAUUCUGGAACUCGUCCUCCUGCAGCGUCCCCUGCUGUCCGCCGGUGACCCAGCAAGCGCAUACGAGAUUAUUCGCGCUGCACUCAUCCCGCGCGCACAGUCAAGCAUCAAUGGCAAACGAAUACAAAAAACGGCAAUGUGGUUCCACGAUUGGGACGACAAUGGCAAGAAGGGUACAGCGAAUCAUGUUGUCAACUCGGCUUCUGCGUCCUUUGUAACCUGGCUUAGUUCCGGUAUCUGGUCCCUAUUCAUCUUCAUCCUCGCAGUCAUGGCGCUGUUUGUUGUCGUGUGCAUGUUUUGCAUAUUUGGUUGUGGAUGGCACAAAGAUGAGUAUGAAACAGCACAACAUGGAAAGCGCAGCAGUGGGAAGGGUGCUUGGGGCGGAAACGACAUUGAGGCCGUGCGGAGGUUCAUGACGCCUGAAGAGCUGGGACUCCGAGGCAGUGGGAGGGUUGUGGGGGUUGGGAAAAGCGAUUGA